GACUGGGCAAUAGUAUGUCAAGCAAACAUGGCGGCUAUUGUCAGAGUGAAACGACGUAGAAGUGAAGAACCCGUCGAAUCCCUGGUAUUUUCCAGUAAAAGAUUGAAAGAAAAUGACAGCCAGGAAGGAAGCAGUAACAAAGAAAUUACUGGUUUACUUAAGUUUGCUGGGACAGUACCUUUACAGGAAACUAAUGUUUCAACAUUCAUCAGAGAAGCCAUCAAAAAAGACAAAUUGCAAAAAGAAUACAAGAGCCACAGCCAAAGCCAUGACAGCUGGACAGUGCGACAGAGGAACCACCAGAGACAGCAGUCAAGAUCCAACAGAUACAAGGUGGUAUCCAGUUUGAGGUCUCCUCAGUUGGACAAACUUGACACAGUAGACAAUGGGGGACAAGAUGGGUGUAACCAACAGAAGAAACAACCAGGGAAAGAAGAAACCCCAAGUACAAGUCAAGUGAGUGAUGGUGUUUUGACAGACAAUGGUGUCAGUGUUCCGGAGAAGAUGUUCUGUUUGUUUGAUGUAGAAGAGGAGGCUGUGAAUCAUAUCAGGACUGCAUUGCCCAGCACAGCACCUGCUGCUCCCUCCUCCACAUACAGCAACAUAACAUGCAACUCAGUGCCCAUGGUCCGUGAGGCUGUAGGCAGGCAGAGAGAGAGUGAGUACGUGUACGACCUGUAUUACACCAACAGCCAACAGCUGGACUUCAGACAGCUGCAGGACUUCCUCACCAUCCAGGCGUUUGGAGAUGAACUUGUGUUUGCGGACAAUCGUGCUGAUGAAGAGGAAUUUGUUGAGGUGUAUGAUGAUGAGGAUGACAGUAAUGAUGAAGGAAACUGGAGGAAUGAUUACCCUGAGGAAGACCCUCACUUCAUUGAGAACCAUGAACAGGAGUACAGCUAUGGAGAUGAUGAUGUUGGUCACCACAGAUAUGACACCGGAGACCCUCUGGCUUCAUUCAUGGCAGCUAGCUGUAAUAUUCGUACCAGUGGGGUGCCACAGGAGGAUGGUUUGGAGUAUGACGUACUGGCUGGUCCUCAGAGGUCCUACGAUUCCUACUACCGGUCCAUGCUACAGGACCUAGGGGAGGACCUGGUGGAUGAGGGUGAUGAUGAAGAGGACGACUACGAUGUCAGAUGAAUUGUGGACAGUACAGUAACACAAGACGUCAUGUAUUUACAAGUGCAAUGAAUUGUCGUCAGUCCUCCAUGAGAACACAGUAUUCUUCAUGUCAGCAGGGAAAUCAUAGCUGUUAUGUUCAAGCACUGUCUUGCUGGAGAUACAUUCAUUGGUGUAUUAUGUUUUAGUCUGGCUUAAGUAUAGUGGUGUGACAGACUAGUUUAAUGACAAUCCAUCUCUGAUCUACCUGCUGUCCGAGUCUGGCUUAUGAAACUCAUUGGUUCUGUAGACUUUAAAGAAGUCGUCUUCACAGGCUUGUGGCUCUGAAGUAUGUUUUUUGUUUGAAAAAUAAUAUAACCAGAUACAGGAACUGAACAUGUUGUGACAUGGGUGCAGCAUGAAGCAUUUAGAUAAUGAAGCAGUCAAAGAGUAAAGCUUGCAUCAAGGAAGAGGUGUAUGAUGGAUUGUCCCUGGCAUGACUGAUAGGCAGUGUUCCCGGAAUCUGUCUUGAUUCUCUACAAUACUAACAAGGACAAUUGGACCACAUUGUUCUGAUCAGAGCCUGGUAAUGAUGGCAUGUUUGGUUCUGAAAGGAUUAUAACUCUUUCUGGAUCUCCGUGCUGAAAGGUACUGUGUAGAGUUGCCUCCCUUGUGCCAUCGAUUUUCAAGUGUUUGGUUUAUUCAUUGAGCUGUCAGCAUGAUGCCCUGCUUCUUCGCCUCAUGGAAGUGUCAAUAGUUUGUGUCACUCAGGCUUCUCACACAAACCAGGAUGCUGAAAAACCCUAGAAGUACUGCUUGAAGUGUUCUCAGUUCCAGUUCAUUCACUACUUUGUAAACCUUGGGCCUCAGCCUCCAUAAUUACUGCCAUUAAGGAGGAACAAGGCUUUGGCAAAACCGUAACAUGAGCAAAUGUCAUUGAGGUAGUUUGAUGAAGACAACACAUCAAGUAUGAAAUGUAGGUGACAGCAAUAUGAAGUGGAGUAUACAUACAGCCAACACUCAGGAGAACUUGGUUCCUGGUCUUCAAUGUGUGAUAUAUGAUAAGUCAUCACCUUGAAGGACAAACACAAGAAUUCAUAGUGCAUUUCUAAUACACUCAUUAAAACCUAUUUAAAGCUGUGGCCAGUUCUCACUUAUCAUUCUCUACAGUUUCCAUUUUUGGAAAAAUGGUCAAGCUUGCCUCAGAAUUUUAAGAAGCUGUGUAGUUAUUUGUGGAAAUCUUUCUUCACAAAAGGUAAGAUGUAGGUGCAGCGAGUCAGCUGGUUGUUUGUCAUGUAGUGGACGUCAGUCACCACUAGGAAUGUUCAUGUGUUCAGUUUUAUGUUUUACUUUCUCUUGCUGCCAGUCCUAGCGGAAACACUGCUGAAGCAGUAUUAAACAUUAAAGGCGCUACAACCAAUGGAUACAUGCUGAGAGGAGACUUUGACAUGUUUCUAUUAUAUAUUUCAGAAUGCAAAUAAACCAAUCAUAUAGUAA